UUGGUGCAGCAGAAAAAUACUGUUUAUCAGCAGGGACGUGCAUUCCACUCACUCUUCACACGCUUUAUCUAGCUGUCCUACUUAUUUCAAUGUGCAAUACAGUGUAACUCUUCACCUAACCUCCUGUCAAUUUUUGCCUCCUAAUGUUUGAUAUCUACGAUCGUUGAGUGAAUAUUUCCCGAAUCCAGACACUUUAUAUACUUUAUUUAUUUGACAACAUGGAUAAAAACAAAGCAUUUCAAAAUUUGUGUGCAAAAUUCAAAGAAACUUUCCCUGAGAAAAAACCAGCUGCUCUUCAAUAAGAAGCUACAACCUUUUGGAAUUCUAUCAAAGGUCUCGACGAUUUUCAGAACAAACUAAAUACAUAAUAUUUUGAAUUAUUAAAUUCAGCACGAAUUAGGAAAGCGAAGAUGUUAUCUUUUUGGUCAACAGCUGCUGAGAAGAAACUCGAUAGUACAGAACAGCCAUCCACUAGUUCCACUUCCAAUCAGACCAAAAAUCGAUUCAAUAAUCCACCGAAUGAUAUUGAAAAUGGGAAGAGCAAUCAGAAUGUUGAAAAUUCAACUUCUGAUGUGCCACAAGAAAGCAAUACAUUGAAGUCGUACAGUACACCUGCUCAAACGAAACUUCAAAAUGAAAUUCAUGUUCUUCGACAGGAAGUGGUGGGAUUGACUCUGCGACGUGAUGCUAAUUUGCUGUCCUCUGAAGAAUUCAAAAUUCUAUAAGAGAAAAAGAAGAAAUUGAAAGAGAAAGAGAAGAAAUUUAGGGAGUUACAACAAAGUCAACAGCGGUCAAGCAAGUACAGAGCGAACAAGAAGAGGAAAUUAAAUGAAUUGUAUGAAGAGUUUCCAGAGAUAAAAACCAUGCUACACGUGAGAGAUGAAUCGGGUCGUGCAAGUAUCACUGGUGAUCAACCUGAAAUUUUGAAGGUAAUUACAGAAAUUGCUACUUAUGGCAGUGCUACAGAUGACCGACGUCGAACCGAAUGUAUAAGAAGGGUAAGAACACUCGAUGAUUUAGCUGAGAAAUUGAAAAAUGACUAUGGGUUCAAUAUCAGUCGAAGUGGUGUAUAUUUACGCUUGAUUCCACGGAGAGCUGAUUUUCGAGAAGGAAAACGUCACAUAAAAACGGUGCCAGUGAAACUGACGAGAUCAUGUAAUGAAACUCACCAGAAGCAUAUGGAUGGAAAAUUUGCCGCAGCAACCAUUCAUCAUUCGGAAGAUUUGGCUUCAGUCCUAGGACCAAGUGAAGUUUUUUUCAUAAGUCAAGACGAUAAAGCUCCAGUUCCCAUUCGUAUCACUGCAGCGAAGAAUCAAACACCAUUGCUUAUGUACAUGGAAUAUCGCGUCACUCUCCCUGACCACGAUUGGGUUGUUGCUCCCUCCCACAAACUCAUCCCAUCAGUUUAUGCUGGCGUACAAAUUAUGGGGAAUGAAGUAGAAAAUCGGGCAGCAGUCAGCUACUCAGGACCGACAUAUGUAGCAAUGCGAUCAGCAAAACAUUCAUCAUCAACAGCUUAUUCUCAUGCUCUAGACAUGGAACAUCUAUUUGAACUUCCAGAAUUUGAUGAUCUAGUCAAAACAGUCUCAGCUCACGGCAGUAAGUGCAUAAAACCCAUUGGUAUUAUUACAGUUGAUGGUGGGCCAGAUGCGAAUCCCCGAUACAACAAAGUGAUUUCAACAGCUAUUUCUCAUUUCAUAAGUAAGAAUUUGAAUGCUCUCUACAUUGCUUGUAAUGCCCCAGGAAGAGGUGCCUUCAACAGAGUAGAGAGACGAAUGGCACCAUUGAGUAAAGAAUUGGCUGGAGUGAUUCUUCCUUAUGAUCACUAUGGACAAUAUUUACAUAGUCAAGGGAGGACGAUUGACACUGAGAGAGAAAAGACAAAUUUCGCAUUUGCUGGGACAACUCUCGCGGAACUAUGGUCUAGCAUGGUACUUGAUGAUGUUCCAGUCAUUAGUGAAUUUAUUUCACCAGAGAACUCUGAACUCGAUGAGUGUGUUUUGCAAAAAAAAAUCCAACGAGUGGCACUCCAAACAUGUCAGAAGUAGUCAAUACUUUUUACAAAUUAUGAAAUGCAAUGACAGGACUUGUUGUGAACCUUUCAGGAGUUCUUUGCUCAAUGUUCUUCCAGACGGAUUUAUGCCAUCACCAGUACCAAUUCUUUAAACUGAGAAAGGUAUUGAGAUCUCAAGAGACAAUGGUCAAUUCCUCGCUUUUUUUGUCAUCACUUCUUCAACGCACUAUUUAUCCUGCUACUUUUGAUGAGUUUAAACAAAUUUUGAAAAAUCGUACAAAUUCCCUACGAUGUAGCAUGUCCAUCAGUAUAAAAAGACAUAAAACGAAAGCUUUGCAAGAAAUGUGGGACAUAUCUUGCCUCUCUUUGCAACUUGAAAGAGAACCAGAAACACUGUGGCAUAACAACUCCAAUUCCGAAAGUGCGUGCAGUGCGGAUUGCUGUUAAACGUCAAAGAGAACUUUUGGCAAUCAUACGUAAUAUCAAAGAAGACGAAGAUGCAGAAUGGAUCGAUGAAGAGUUCGUCGACCAAGAGUAUCUCCCUGUACCGCAGUUUGCCAACGACGACGAAUCUGUCAUUAUUUCAAUGGAAACUCAUUUGACUUGCCCCUGGCAAUAAUUGUUUUCAGGUCGAUAUGUGUCAAAGUAUGUUUAAAAUUCGUGAUAAAAGUUUCUAAGAAAGUAUCAAGUUAAUACUCUGAUGACAAUGUUAUCCAAAAUACCCAAAAAAAGCGUGACGUAAUUGUUGAAUGCUCCUCUGCACAAAUUAAGGGGUUUCAAAAAUUAAUAUAAUUUCGUAUUCCUUGCUUAA